GGGUGUACAAUUAAGAGCACAUUGUAACGUCCUUGCGUUGGCUGCUGUGGCGGAAGAGAAGUGUGUCCGGAGAACGCCGGUGACCGUCGGCGGACCAGCGGAAGAUACAUAGAGAGAGAGAGACAGGGCUCGAGAAAAAAGAGAGGACUCAAGAUGCCUCGUUUUAGCGUGAUUUGUCCCGCAGACUGUGCCCUUCUGGCGUUUUGAGGGCUGCUUGUGAGCCUACCGAGAGAGAGGUUGGCUGGCUAUACGCUAUGCAGCCUGACCCUGCUGUGUUGUGAUAGCGCUGUCCGAUUGUUUGGAUUGAAGAAAAGGCUCCCAUCAACCCAAAUCAAUGAGGAUUCUGAGGCCAUUCCUUCAGAAAGGAGCGCAUAUGCUGCAGUGUUUCUGUGGACAACGAUCGAAGUCGACCACUAUCCCCGACGAUGCACCCUCGAAACCUCCACAGGUGUCCCAUAAGGGCUGCAGGCUAGAGCCACAGCUGAAAGGCAUUGUGACACGACUGUUCAGCCAGCAGGGCUUCUACUUGCAGAUGCAGCCUGAUGGAACCAUCGAUGGCAGCAAGGACGAGAACAGCGACAACACUCUGUUUAAUCUUAUUCCUGUGGGUCUGAGAGUGGUGGCCAUCCAGGGGGUGAAGAGUGGAUUUUACAUUGGCAUGAAUGGCGAGGGGAUGCUCUACAGCUCGGAGAUGUUCACACCAGAGUGUAAAUUCAAAGAGUCCGUUUUUGAGAACUACUAUGUGAUCUACUCGUCCACGGUGUACCGGCAACAAGAGUCAGGCCGAGCGUGGUUCCUUGGCCUCACCAAGGAGGGACAAGUUAUGAAGGGAAAUCGAGUCAAGAAGACUAAACCCUCAUCGCACUUUGUGCCGCGGCCCAUCGAAGUUUGUAUGUACAGGGAACCAUCAAUGCAUGAGAUAGAGGACAAGCACCGCUCCAGGAAGAGCUCAGGGACCCCCACCAUGAAUGGAGGAAAAGCUGUCAAUCAGGACUCCACAUAGCACCAGGGAGAGGGGCUUCCAGUAGGGGGGGGAUUGGCCUCAUCCCGACUCAAAGGAAGGGGCCAGACGAAAGUUUGACCCUUCCCCACCCCCUUCAGAUAUCCGCACCACCAUACCCUCUUAAUAAAAAGAGGGUGUCGCGAUGGCGAGGAGGAGCUACGACUGGAACAACAAAACAAAAACUGAACUCUUGCCUGUGAAGACCUUUUAAAUGAAUUAUGAAACCAGAGAGUUAUAUAUAUAUAAAUACAUAUAUAUAUAUAUAUAUAUAUAUGAAGAAAAACAUUUUCAAUCAGGAUUUGACCAACAUUUUAUGCAAAAAAAAGUGAAAAAGCUGUGAUAAACAAAGACAGAAAUGGUGGUCUCUGCUCAAACAAAUAGAAAUAUCUGUCAUUUCCAAUUUAUGCUGUGAAAAACGAGCUUUAAAAGGUGUUUGAGUUUCAUACAGUUAUUUUUCCUAAAUGCUAUUGCACACUCAUGAAAGUCAUGGUUUAGUUGUUGUCUCUAAUAACUAUACCUUUGUCAUUACAGCCAGCGUUACUAAUCUGAGCAUUACAUCACAUGUACUGUGGUAUUGAUUUUGGGUCACUUUAGUUUUUGACCGGUUCUCUUUAUUCACACCUAAUUUUAUGUUAAUUCCCACUGUUGUAUCUUGAAUGCACUAUCUCUGAUGUGAGAGUAGGACUGAAAGUUUUGAUAGUUCUCUGUGUUGGGCUCCAGUGCUUCAGGUGAGAUGUAGUUUACUCAGGUGCAUCCUGUAAGUCAGAACAACACUGAUAAAAGCAAUAUAAUAGAAGGCAAUUGUGUAUGUCUCUGAAUAAUACUAAUAGCAAGCUGGCAACACAAUACUGUAAUUGUUGUUUGUAGAAAAGACUAAGGAAGUUGUAAAAGUAGGUGAAUGUCAGCAAAAGACGAAAUUUGUUUUUAUAUAUUUCCAACAUCAAUUUAACCAAUAUAAUUAGAUUAUAAACAAAGUAAUGUCAGAAUAAAAAGAAUAUGACUCUCUCCUGAUGUUAAAAGGAAGAUGAUGACCAGCAUUGACACUAUGAGCCACAGCUGAAAUGUUCAUAGAACACUUGCACCUCAAGUCACAGAUGCUGUUUCUCUGCUGUUAGCUAUAACAAAAAACCUCAAAUUAUAAACCUGUAACAGCUUUCCUGCUCAUGAACCAUAUGGAUAAAUAGGGACAUAAUUUAUGACUUGUACUGUUUUAUCCAAGAACAAAUGAGAGAGAAAUUGACAGUUUUUGGCAGGUUUGACAGAAUGUUUUUGUGUUAGUUCUUUCAUUUGUGUUACUUUUAAAUGUGAAAUUUGUUAAGCAUUUUUAACAUUGGUGGACAGGAUGUCUGACUGUUUAACAAACAUCUGAACCGACAUAAUGAUAUUUUCAACAUGAGGUCACAAUCACUUUUCCAUCACAAUGGAAGCGAAGGGUUUAGCUUCAAACCUGACUAACGCUUCAACAUUAGUCCGGUUUUAGGCAGAUGUGAGGUUUGGUGACAUGGCAAUGCAUACAGUCGACAUCCGUUUUUGUGAUCCACAAAGGGAAUCAUUCGCUGCAUUGCGGAGGAGAACUUUCCUAAAUCAACACAGUGACAGGGCUUUAGAAAUAGGUGAACUGACAGGUACGCCUCAUACGCUGUGUACGCUGCCAUGCUUGAUCAUAAUCCCCUAUUAGUUUGUCUAACUCAGGAAGUUCCAUAUUUGUUCCAUGAAUGGGGCCAGGCUCAAAGGAUAGCUGCCCAUCAUCCCGCGCUUGUUGCACAAAGGCUAAUGUUUUAGAACUGGUCUGAUAACACACAGCUAACUCUAGCCAUGUUAGGAACGCUGGAAAUGGAGGAAGUUUGUAACCAUAUACGACCAUCACAUGACUGUAAAGGUUUAUGAGUUUGGUUCAGGUGAAAUCUAAUUAUAAAGAUCUUUUGAAUUUAGGGAGUCCAAAACUUUUAUAUGCAAUAUUUUGAUGAGUAUUUUAGUGAUCAGUCUGAUUACAACUCUCCUAAUGUUUAUCUGGUUAAAUACAUUUGCAAGGUCGAUGGUAUACACAGUUAAUAGCACACAUUCAGUUGCACAGAGCAAACAGGAGUGAUAUAUCACCAUGGAUCUGGGAGGAUCUUCCACCUGGGAUCCAGCUCCACAGCUGAUACAAGUUACCUGCAAGAGGCAGUGGUAGAAUAGUUCAACUUCCACAUCUCCGUCUGCAUUACAGUGAAACAUACAUUAUAUUAGAUAUGACACUGAACGUCAGCAGGCCAGACCAGCAUAUAUGUAUCUUUUUACAAAGGUGUAAAGUGGUGAAAAUGAAAUUCAUUUGGAUUUAAAGCAAUGCAUGAAAUUGAAUGUGUACAUUGUUAACUGACGGCAGGAUGAAAAGAUGUAAGAAAUGAAGAAAAGGUGAAAAAAUAGCUGAUGUAAGGAAACUGAAAAGCAAAGCACUUUUUUGUGGGUUUGUUGAUGUAUGAUAGGGUGACCGAAGGCUUUGGUUGUAUGAGAUAUUGAAUAUAAUUUGAUAUUUUUUUAUGUUUGCAGAUGAUUUCACUGCAUUGGAACACAGUCAUAUAUGCAUUAUGAAUUGUGAGAUGACAAAAAUAUGCAUUGAUUAUAAAAUUCAGAAUGGAGUUAGUGAUUGUUUAAGAAUAAAGACUAUGUUAUCAAAAA